AUGCUAGCCAAUACUAGCAUCGCCAUUAUUGCACCUCUUCCCAUCCUACUACUAUUGUUCACCAUUGGAGUUUUCAAUUACAAGCACCUACUACCUCUCUGGACAUAUAAAAGGCAGAUCAAGCUCGAUUUCUCGCCCAACGAACUUUCUGGCGUCGAUAUAGCUGUUGUCUUAGUUAUCUUUCUGUUGAGAUCGGUCAAACAUUCAAUACUCUCGACAUACAAGUGGAUAUGCAACGCCAGAAAUGAUGUCUCUGAAGUUCCAAUCUCCCCAGAUGAAGACGAACUAUCGUUGGUCAUGCCGUUUCGACCAACACAAGCAGACCUCAGUGCCUAUUCCGUGGCUGUCAAGAAUUCACUAGUUGAUAGGGACGACGUUCAGUUAGUCAGCUCACAGCUGCUUCUCCUCCUAUCAGCUCUGAGUGAGCCAGCCAUGCUGUUGUUACUUGCCCACCGGUCGUGUCAGAUACGACCUCUAGGCUCCGUCAACGUAAGAAACCGAUUCGAACUGUUGAGGCCCGACCUCUGCACAGGGGAGACAUUGGUGUCUUUCAAAGAGGCCUUCUUGACUGCAAGGCUCUCAAAGCAUGUCCGCACGGUCAAACGAGGGUUUGAGGUUGACCUCACGGUAAGCUUGAAUGUUCUAAGCAAGGAUUCCACCGACUCGAUCCCGGUCUUUCGGCAAAAUUUCACUAUUUUGCAGUUCGCAAGAAUUCGCGCAGAGAUCAUUCAGGGACGGAAUGCCGCCCCAGAUAGUACUAUAUCCACCCCGGCCUGGUCAGCUUCGAUACCUCUCACCGUCGAGUACAAUGACCCCACCGGCUGGGCAAGGCUCUGCAAAGAUUACAAUCCAAUUCACAUCUCGACGAUCGCGGCAAAGCUCUUUGGAUUCCCAGGGAAACUAGCCCACGGCAAUUACAUCGGUGCAUUAGCUGCCAAGUACAUUGCUUUUGCCAACGCGAACGAGCCGCUUUUUAUGGAAAUUACGUUCAAGCGGCCCGUGGUUGUCCCUGCGCACUUGGAGUUGAAGGUUUCCCCAGCGGCGGCAGAAGAAUCACAGUCACGCCUUGUUAUUAUUACAUUGUUCCAAAUUAUUAGCAAGAACAAAAUCUGCGUCGAAGGGAGAAUUGGCCAGCUCAAAUACACGGCCAACGCCUGA